AUGAAUUGUGCAAGCAAGAACUGCAAAGUCCCCCUGACAUUAUUCAGGGAAGACAAACGAACCGAGGUAAUCUCCAAGUUCUGUCACCAACACACAUGUAAUGAAUUCUUCAAAACGGGAUGCGACUUGAAGAAGAUGCCGCACGAUGUCGUCUGCUACCUCCACAUCAAGUGUCGUAUCAUCGAUUGCACCAAUGGUCGACUGCAGUAUCUAGACGACCAUGAUCCGAGCGAGACCCCUCAGUACCAGCGGGAGAGCUAUUGUGCAGAUCACAAAUUUCCAAUGCCCCAAUGCCCAGAACCCAAAGCGAGGACAAACCAGGGACAGUUCUAUGCUUUCUGCACAAAGCACAAGUGGUUCCUCGACACAUGCCGCUAUGAGGGUUGCGUCCAGAGAUCCCUCGAGGGGCGUGACUUCUGCCCGAAGCAUAAGUGUGCAAAUUCCGAAUGCCCCAUUAUUGUGGUACCACAGUCCGCUUUCUGCGUACAACACGGGAAAUGCAUGUGGCCGGGUUGCAAUGGCACGAAGCCCAACGAAGCUCACAAUGGGGGGUACUCCGACUUCUGUCGCAUUCAUCUAACUUGCAACACCCAAUUAUGCAACGAAGUUAAGAUCAAAGGCUCCCUUCACUGCGUAAAGCACACGUGCCUGGAACGAGACUGCGAGGAGUCGACAGGCUCGCAUCAGUUCUGUGACAAUCACCGCUGCGAGUAUCAGAAAUGCGAACAUGCAAAGGCAUGGCUCAGCCGCGGCAGGAAAAACAACUUGUGUGCUCUUCACAAUUACCGUAGCAAGAACUGCCAGUUGCCUGUCAGCGAGAUGGAACUGUACCGCAAGACUCAGGAGGUUAAGAUGGAGAAGCUCUGCCUCCACCACUUCACGGCCCAGUUGGAGGAAGCUGGAGGAGACAAGGAGCGAGUCAAGUCCAAGACUCAAAUCGACAAGCUAACAAUGCAGCUUCGAGAUGGGUACGAACAGCUGGCACAACAUGAUCGAAGACUUAAGGAGCUGGAGAGCCAUAAGAGUAAAUCAGCUGGGUGGUUCGGGGCGUGA